UCCCAUGUUGUGCGUGAACGCUACAGAAGAAACCAUGACCAUGAUAAGCAUAAUGUAUACCCCGAGUCUAUUUGAGCGGCUAAAAUGAGAAUUCAAUAAAGCACUGUCCAUUCACACUCGAAGAUUCGCCUUCGUUUCGUGGUAUUUUCCCAAUCACCAACGUCUCACCUCGCCUUAUAUUCAGAGGAUUCUGGGUCGUUGCCAACAGCUAGGACAAGAAAAUUCUUUUACUUACCUAGCUACACGUCGGGGGAUACAGAAAAUAUCACAGGGAUCUCUAUCGCCUAUCGCGAGAAGCUAUCAAGUCUCGUGGGCAGAAAUCUUCCCAUAAGGAUGGCAUCUCCUACUGAUACCAACAUUGUCAACAGCAACAGUCUCGAUGCAACAACUUCCCCUUCCACGGGGCUCUCUCCUAUUCCUACAAUUCCUACAACUCCUCUGCCAAACAUUACACCUAUCAUGUCUUACGAUAGCGUCGACACUGCAUACAACGCCGAUCCAUAUUCCCUCCUCAAUUCUAAGAAAGAAGACAUAAGUAUUGCUGCACUUCGCACACAACAUCCUGAUCAAAAACGAACACGGAGGGUUAGAAAGAUCAAGAAUUUCUACCAUAGACAAAAUGCAUUGAUUGAUGCAUACCUAGCAAGCAAUGAUGAGGAAGCCGCAGAGGUUGAAGAUGGAAUUCAAAAUGGUGGAAAGAUCAAAUUCGCUAUCUAUGCUAGUUCUACGGUCAACUUUUGUCUGUUCAUCAUACAAGUCUUCGCCGCUGUCUCAACUGGAAGUCUGGCACUUUUCGCCACUGCUGCAGAUGCUUUCAUGGACUUGGUUAGUUCUAUCGUGAUGUUGAUUACUUCACGAAUAGCCGCCAAACCUAACAUCACAAAAUUUCCAGUCGGUCGCAAACGAGUUGAAACUGUUGGGAUUAUUCUCUUUUGUGCACUUAUGACUACCGUUUCCGUGGAACUGAUUAUCGAAUCAGCUCGAAGUUUGGCAGAUGGUCCUAGGGAAAAUGAAACGCUCAAAACGGUCCCUCUAGCGUGCGUCGGUGUCGCUAUCUUCUCCAAAGCUGUCCUAUUCGUGUACUGUUUUACCUUACGGCGAUAUCCAACUUGUGCAAUAUUCAUGUUAGAUCAUCGAAACGACAUUGUGGUUAACAGUUUUGGAUUGGUUAUGUCCAUCGUGGGUACUAAGUAUGCAAAAGUUUGGUUCUUGGAUCCCGCCGGUGCUAUUGCUAUUGCAUGUUUGAUCCUAUUCUCAUGGGCAUCAACUGCUUUCGAACAUAUGUGGCUUCUGGUUGGAAAGAGUGCUCCACAAGAGUUUUUGAACAAGCUUGUAUAUGUCUCAGUUACUCAUGACCCCAGAAUUUUGAAGAUCGAUACAGCGAGAGCAUAUUCUGCCGGUGAAAAAUACUAUGUCGAAGUCGACAUUAUUAUGAGACAAGAAGAAACAUUGAAAGUCACACAUGAUGUUUCCCAAACUUUGCAAAGGAAGCUUGAGGGUUUGGCGGAUGUCGAAAGAGCUUUCGUCCAUGUUGAUUACGAUGAUUUACACGAUAUCUUCGAGGAACAUAAACCACUUUACGAGAUUCAAGAACCCAAAGUUCCCAUAUACGAGAGGGUUAGAGAAAGAUUCAAGAGACAGCCACCUGGAAGAGAAGCAGAUGAUGUAACGGGCCCGAUGUCUUGAGUAUUCAUUUAUGAAACGUCAUCGAAGCAUGAAUGAUUAUGGACCUGGAAUUGAAACGCAUUUACAAUAUGGAGCUUGGGUUUGGGAUUUUACUUGGAAUUGCAACGACUGGAAAGCAGAACCUUCCCCACACUAGUAAUUCGCAUCACGUUUGAGCAAGGUACUGAUAAUUGUGCCUAUCGCCUAUUGCCCAACAAGCCUCUAAUUCCAAAAUGAAUUACAACGAGCCUCUGAUUCAUGACAUUGACAACGAGUUCAAGUGCCAGAUUUUGAUUCAGGAUAUUUUCAAUCGUUCGCUAUACCGAACCUCUGCCGAAAAAUAUCAACAAGAUCGACACGAAAAAAUAUUAUGCUGUGGGUCUGAGGCGUUUAUUCUUGGCUACAGGGCGGCCAGGAAACUAUCCGACAAAAUGUGCCUAUGGAGAUCAGACAAUAUCAAUUGCAACAGGUUCGCUUAUACAACCUCUCGUUGGCGCACACGUAUGACCAUCCCAAAUCGAGUGGAUUGACUAGCGGGAUGAAUGAAGCGGAUGGAAGUCUGGGGGCUGAGGAAUGAACAUAUGAAUAUUGUCACGAAAUCAAGUCGAAAUUGAUGAUUUCGAAAGAGGAUCUUGUCUUUCUUGAUGGGCUGUAAAAUUCAGUGGCCAAAGGGAAGAAAUGGAGUCGUUUUGCGGCGUUUUUAGAUGAAUAGAUACCCUGGGAUUUUACUGCAUGGCGUUUAUAGCAUAAGAGAAAUUGAGGAAUCUCAAAAGGUCUUGAUCAACACUCCUAAUUCGCCCAUUUAGUUUACGUUUAUGAAGCUUGAGACGUGAGAUAUGGUUGAGUGUAGGCGAUAGUGAUGUGCGAUAGGAGUCGAUGUUGUUUGUCUGGAUAUAGGAAAGGGAGAAGAUUUCGUUUAGUACUAAGAUCUUCAAUACUAGAUGUUACAUAACGUAACAUGAGCAUCCUCACUGUAUUGGAGCUGAUGUGGAAGAUGGUAAAGCGAGAGCUGUGAGCGGUGAUCAGUGAGAGACUUUGCGAUUCUCAGCUUCACUACAUCUCGUCCGACUUUUCCUGCCUCUCAGUAGGAAGUAGUGUGAAUUCUCUUAAGUCUUCUUCGAACUCGAUACUUGAAUAGGUUGUAGCGUCCACCAGGCAUAAUUGGCUGAUGGCGGCUGUUGGACUGGAAAUGGGAACCUGAAAGCUUUUGGACGCCGAGGGAAGACAGCUUUGCGAUGGGUUCGAGUGCGCAAGAGAAUAGGAAUCCGUUCGUGUGAGGAAUGUUGGUGAGUUAUAAUCAUUUUUAUCCCUUUGUUUAUGUCGAUGGGGUUUCGUGCUGUUGUUUAAUUGUUGUUGAUUGUUGUCGGUAGUUGUGGAGGAGAAAUGGCAC